CUUUUACCUGAUUUACGGCAAUCAAGCGUCAGUUCGCACUGCGAAGAACAGGAACUGGUGCGAUUUGGGGGGUAAUGGAGGUCCAGCAAACCCUGACCAGGAAAAGGGCUGCUGAAUAUGCGACAAAGUGAAAUUAAGACAAGAAAAGGCUAUUAUGGAUGACGCAAAGAUUGUUAAAAUGUGAGAUAAGUAGAAUGUGCCUUGUUUCGCAGUCUGGCGAGCUAGCUAGGAAACCUGCUGAAGUCUGUUUAUUUUGCGUGUAUUUGAAGCUGGACUCUCCGCUUUCAUUAUAUAGAGCAGCAUAAUAUUUCCUUGAAAGUCAAGUGGGCAGAAUAAUGUAAUUUUAUUCUAUUCCAUUGCAGUGUACGCCUUUUUAUCAAAAGCUGAUUGGUUUAAUUAUGGUAGCUAGACUAGCAACAGUAAAGAAAGUCGUCAGUAAAAGGUAUUUUUGUGCAACUAAUUAGCUAUGAGUUUUCCGCUGGAAACUGUAAAUGCACUUGCCAUUUUAAACAUUUCUGGCUAAUUUUUGGUGGUAAGAUUCCCAGUUCUCUGAUAUUGCCUCCGUGAAACACAACGCAAGGAAAGGCACAGGGCGUUUUUUGUAACUUCUGCAUGUUGAAUAUAUUAAAAUGUGGCUUCAGCAGAGAUUAAAGGGCCUGCCGGGAUUGCUGUCUAGUAGUUGGGCCAGGAGGAUUCUUAUAGGCGUGCUUCUGUUCCUUGUUUUUUAUUGGUAUCUUAGCUCAGAUGGCAUUUUGAAAUUUUUGAGUCACUCAGGGGAACUAGGGGGUGCAACAGGACUCUGUCUCCAUGCGGCCAUGCAGAGUUGGAAACCGCAUGUUGACUGGGGUGAUGGUGUUGUCAUCGGCCCCCAGAGUAAAACCCCUGUACCAGCCGUGGUUGGUAAUGGACACUUCUUGGUAGACAUAGACGCUAACAGGCUGUGGGUGGCCUCAUCCUCUCAGGCCAGCUCAGUUCCAGUUCACCAGACCGAAUAUUCUCCCAUGGUCACACUGGAUGUGCCGGGAAAGAGGGCAGAAGCACAUUCUGGGGUCAUCCUAUUCAACAAGGGCUCCAUGGUGUCCGUCCACUGCGUUUCCGUGUUGGCCCGGGAGUGCAUCACCAUCACAGAGGAGCUCGUUGCUCACCGGAGCCGGCCGAAUGUGUUCCUCCAAAGGAUCCGCAUCGUCAAUCCGUCUGAACGGACGGUUAACAUUGACGUGUCGUCCGUGUCACCUUCGUACGGGAGCAAGUUCUCCUCCAGCGUGGAGAAGACCGAGGAACGGGAGUUCAUCCUGUCCUUUGGCAAGGUGAUGACGGAGAAAAACCACAUUGUGCUUGUGGUUGUGGCCAUCAAGAAGCUUCCCGGCCGUCUGCAGCUGGCAGGAAAGUCAGAGUACGUGGAGAACGUGCUGUCAGCGGUCUACACCUCAGAGCCCAUCGAGUCCUCCAAGGUGGAGGAAGCGUUCACAAAGCUUCGAGAUGCGGCGAAGAAAGAGAUGAGUGAGCUACUGAGAGCCAAUGUGGAAGACCUCAUACAGGAACACAGACAGGCCUGGACGGACCUCUUCAUAUCUGGCAUCGAAAUGCGAAAGAUCACCGACUCGCACACGCCCUCCAGCAGCACCGUGAACAGCACCCUCUACUACGUCCUGUCUGCCUCUUCAGCGCCCCUGCUGGACAGGAGGAUCAGUGCAGAGGAGCAUGAGAAGUUGGAGUCCAGUCUGAACUACGCAGACCACUGCUUCAGCGGCCACGCCACCAUGCACGCGGAGAACCUGUGGCCGGAACGUGUCAGUAGUGUGGCGCAGGUGCUGCAGCUGGUGACGCUCUGGAACCUGACGCUGCAGAAGCGCGGCUGCAAGGCGCUGGUGGCGGCGGGGGCGCACGGCGUCAUGCAGGCUGUGGUGCUCAGCUUCGGCGGCCUGCAGUUCACGGAGAACCACCUGCAGUUCCAGGCGGAUCCCGACGUUCUACACAACAGCUACGCCCUGCGCGGCAUCCACUAUAACAAGGACCUGAUCAAUCUGGCCGUGCUGCUGGAUGCCGAGGCCAAACCGUUCCUGCACGUGUCCGUCAAGCCCCAGGAGAAGCCCGUCAAACUGUACGCCUGUGAGGCCGGCUGCGUCAACGAGCCUGUCGAGCUCACCUCCGAGACCAAAGGCCACACCUUCCCCGUGAUGGUGACCCAGCCAAUCACGGCCCUGCUCUAUAUCUCCACCGACCUGACGCACCUGCAGGACCUGAGGCACACGCUGCACGUUAAGGCCAUCCUGGCACACGAGGACCACAUGGCCCAGCAGUACCCUGGGCUGCCCUUCCUCUUCUGGUUCAGCGUGGCUUCGCUCAUCACUCUUUUUCACCUCUUUCUGUUCAAACUCAUCUACAACGAGUACUGUGGGCCCGGAGCUAAGCCCCUCUUCAGAAGCAAGGGUGAUCCCGGUGUCUGACAGCCAUCGGAUGCCCCCUUGCACAGGGAUCCCCCCCCACAUUGGCAGUUCAGCUGCAGGUCGGAGUUUAAGCUGAAGGUUCAGUCACUGCGUUCUUUCCGCUGUCCUGUCCUCUGUUCAUCGUUUUUACCUGGCAUUUCACCUCAGGGUGCCCUGUGCUCCAAGGCCGUCAUAACCCAGUUCUGGAUAAACUGGUAUGGAAAAUGGAUGAGUGCAGUGAUUUUUCUCUUGUCAAAUAUUGACUGAAGUUACAGAAUUCAAUGAUUUCUCUGCAAUGGCCAACUGAUACACUGUGUCUAUGUGUGUUGUUUUUGUCUGUGUGAUGUUUGGAAAUGUCUUUUAUUAUUAAUACUUUUAAUUGUUAUUUUUCUGGUUGGGCAAGCGCACAUGGGCGGUGGUGGCUUGAUGGUUAGGGUAGCGCACUUGUAAUUGAAAGAUUGCAGGUUUGAGUCCCCCACCAGCAAGUCACCACUGAGGUACCCUGAGCAAGGUACCGUCCCCAAGCA